UGACCCAUUGCCAUCCCUAGCAUGUCAGUUGACACUGCUGGUCUUCUUCCUCUGCAACAGUAAUUACACGGGGAAUCGGAUAAGGUUUUUCUCCUCUCCGACGACGACGACGAACGAGAGAGAUCAGAGCACACGUACGUACGGCAAUGGAGUCUACGCUGAUCACGAUCACGAGAUCGCCCAUCCUCCCCUGUCCAUUCUCGAGACGGCCCGCCUCGCCCGCGCGCUGCUUCGCCGGAGCUCGCCGUAGCCGCUGUGCCGCCGCCUCCGCUUCGUUCUUCUCCCCCGCCGGUGGCCGCGGCGGCGGGGAUGCAGGGGCGGGCUCCUCGCUCUCCUCCGCCGCGGCCGCGGCCGCGCUCGGCGAGGCGGCGGCGGCGGGUGGCGGCGGAUCCGACUCCGAGGCCAUCCUGCUCAGCGUCCAGGGGAUGAUGUGCGAUGGGUGCGCGGCGAGCGUGAAGCGGAUUUUGGAGAGCCAACCUGAAGUCACUUCUGCCACCGUUGAUUUUAAGGAAGCAAAAGCAGUUGUCUUGACAACAGCUGAGGUCAAGGCGGCUGAAGAUUGGCAAAAGCAAUGUGGAGAGAAACUGGCAAAUCACCUGGGCACCUGUGGAUUUGAAUCUCGCCUUCAAGGUAAAAUUUUGGAGAGUAAGGAGAAGCCAAAUGAAGUCAAUCAUGGAAAUCGAAGAUGAAGUGCAGCUGGAGACCUGAAGUUCUGUCCUAGGGCCACUAAUGAGUGCAAGGCCAAGUAGAAGUUGCCAUGCUGGAGAACUCAGCAGUUACAGCGUUUCUGACAUUCUGUGCUUUGUGCUAUGAGCUAAAUCGAAGUGUCAGGAUGCUAGCCUCACAUUCACAUUUCCCUUGCUCGUGAACUUUUAGAAGGUUCAUUUGGAGGAAAUAAAAAGAAUAAAAACAUGACCAAUCACAAUGCAAGGAUCUUGUACCCCAGCUUCUCUCUUCAUCCAUGUCUUGUGCUGAGCAGUUAUGGUGAGUCGUCUAACCAAUGGUACUGUUGUUGUACCUUGUGCAUGUUGAUCCGUACUAUACGUUUGUUGAUCAUCAUGUUUGAUACACAGUUACACGCACAUACUGAUAGUGAAAUCAUCUUAAAUGCUUGAUAAUA